UCUCCCUCUUCCUCUUUCUAUGGUUUUUCAGGUCCUCCUCGGGACACACGUGUAGCUAUGUCUUCCUUGCGGUUCCAUGAGUUGGGGCUGGAUGACCGUCUAUUGAGAGCCAUAGCAGACUUAGGAUGGGCCAAACCAACACUAAUUCAGGAGAAGGCCAUUCCCCUGGCCCUAGACGGGAAGGACCUUCUUGCCCGGGCAAGGACAGGUUCAGGAAAGACAGCAGCCUAUUUGAUACCCAUAAUUCAGAACCUCCUUCAAUCGAAAAUGUCUAUCUCUGAACAAGCUGUCAGGGUUUUGAUUCUGGUUCCUACAAAGGAGUUGGGUCAGCAGGUUCAGCAAAUGAUCCGGCAGCUAAUAUCAUAUUGCACCCGUGAUAUCAGAGUUGCAGAUAUCUCUGGCCGGGUGGACGUAUCUGCUCAGAAACCCAUCCUGAUGGAGAAGCCGGACAUUGUGGUUGGAACCCCCUCUCGUGUUUGGUGUCAUAUUAAUCAGCAGACGCUAUGUGUACGAGAUACUCUGCAAGCCUUGGUCAUAGAUGAAGCUGACCUUAUAUUCUCAUUUGGGUUUGAGGAAGAUAUGAAGAACUUGCUAUGCCAGCUCCCCAAAAUUUACCAGUCUUUUCUUAUGUCUGCCACAUUCAACGAGGAUGUCAAGGCUCUGAAAGAACUUGUUCUACAUAAUCCGGUGAUACUUAAGCUUGAGGAAUCUCAGUUACCUGACUCUGCUCAGCUCACACAAUAUCAAAUCCAGUGUGAGGAAGAGGACAAGUUCUUGCUGCUCUACACAUUGCUUAAACUCUCACUUGUUCGUGGGAAAACUAUUAUUUUUGUAAAUGAUGUGGACAGGAGUUAUAGACUCAAGCUCUUCCUGGAACAGUUCAGCAUCCCAGCUUGCGUACUGAACUCUGAACUCCCAGUACAGUCACGGUGUCACAUUAUUGGACAGUUCAAUCAAGGCUUGUAUGAUUACAUUGUUGCGACAGAUGAACACUCGUUAUCGCUUCCUACUGAGCAAGAAAACAAGCAAGCAAAGAAGAAGAAAAGAGGCAAAUCAGAAAAAGUGCAAAGUAGUGAAUAUGGAGUGUCUCGUGGUAUUGAUUUUCAAAAUGUGUCUACAGUAUUGAACUUUGACUUCCCUCAGUCUGUUGAUUCCUAUAUCCACCGCGCAGGAAGGACGGCCCGAGCUAAUAACCCCGGGGUUGCUCUUACGUUUGUGGCGCACACAGAGCUGCCUAUUUUGGGAGAGAUUGAAGAGGCACUGGGAGGGGAUGGUCCUGAGCAGUGCGCUCUAAAGCCCUAUAGAUUUCGCAUGGAGGAGGUGGAAGGAUUUCGGUACCGCUGUCGGGAUGCCAUGAGAUCUGUCACCAAACAAGCAAUAAAGGAGGCACGCUUGAAAGAGAUAAAGGAAGAACUUCUUAAUUCGGAAAAACUCAAGACCUAUUUUGAAGACAACCCUCGUGAUUUCAACCUCUUGCGUCAUGAUAAGCCUCUGCACCCUGCCGUUGUCAAACCUCACCUCAAAAAUGUUCCUGACUACCUGAUCCCUCCUUCUCUGCGCUCCAUUGCUGAUCCUUAUCACCGCAGGAAGAAGAGGAGAAAGUUAAGAACUGGAGUUUCCAGAAUACAAGAGGCUCGGUCAAAGUUCUCAAAGUCAAAGAAUCCACUGCGCACCUUCAAAUACACACGGGGCAAGAAGGGACAGUCCAAUGUCCGAAAAAGCGCAGCAAAAUCCUGAGUAUGGGGUAGGCUGGAAUGCACAAGCAUUCCAACUGCACCCACCUCUUGUAGAGGGAAGUAAAUUAUAAUAAAUAUGGGACUGGUCAUUGAGACAACCUUCACACAUCCAUGGAUUGGUCUUUACAUCUGAGGGAGGCAUGAAAACUAACCUGCUCCUAUGUCUUAGAGGAAAGUGUUUUUACUCUUGGUCUCAGUCGCUGUCCUGUUGUACUUCAUGUAGUUUAGAUAUCAGUCUGCUAAACCUCACAACUGCUACACCACCCAGAUUGGCACCUUCUAAAUAGCCAUCUGUUUAUUUCUAGUGAGAGAUCAAUGCAGAGAGUGCCUUACAUUUCUUCCCUCCGGCUAUGUCUGUGCAGUGUCCCUCAUUCGGUCCUGGAGGGGAUGUGUUUUUGUCUUUAAAUUGUGUGUGUAUAUAUAUAUAAUUUUUUUUCUCU